AUGGAUCAUGAACAUUUGUUACAACAGAAGCCUCCUGGAGCACCAUACACAUGCAGCGGUUGUAGACAACUAGGGUUUGGAUCAAGUUACCAUUGUCAGAACUCUCGUUGCAACUAUGUCCUACAUGGAGAAUGUGUAUAUCCAGAUCCUUACGCCUUUCAUUCAUUUUUUGAGAAAAGCUAUUUCGAAUUUCACAAGAAACCACCUGGAGAUAGAGAAAGAUACUGUGAUGCUUGUGGAAAAGAUAUAUUAGGGUUUGUUUAUCAUUGUUCUACGACUGGAUAUGAUCUUCAUCCUUGCUGUUUGAAGCUGAAAAAUAGUAUUACUGAUGAAAGUGGAAGUGUGACAUUGAAUUUGUCUAAGAAAGAUUUGAUACUUGACAAUUGGAGGAGGGGUUAUUUUUCUCAAGUAGAAAGAUCAAUUACAACUACAAGCUCGAGUAGUGAAAGAGAAACUCAACUUGCAGUCACGAGCAUGGAGAUGGAUCAACGUUUGAGGAUUUCAAGGAGAGCAAAGACUAUAAGCAAGUACACAAAGAUAGCAAUUAUGGUAUUCAAACUAAUAUUUGCAGCUAUAUUUGGAGAUCCUGUAACUGCUUUUGUUGCUAUUUUGGAAGCUCUUGCUUCAAAUUAG